CUCCUCCAAAUAGAUCUGCUGGUUUAUCGCAUAAGAAAAAACAAUUCCUCAGUUCAAAGCUUCACGACGGACAGUCCUUCUAGCUCAUAUUGAAUGGAGGGAAUCGGAGGUGACGGUACACCGGCGUCCUCACCUUUGCCUUAUUGGGGGAAUGAUACUUGGAGGAUGUAUCGGUAUUAUCUAGAUAAAACUACUCCUCAUAUGACUUAUAGAUGGAUUGGAACCAUUGUUAUAGCAGCUAUCUACUGUCUGCGGGUCUAUUCUGUUCAAGGAUUUUACAUAGUUUCAUAUGGCCUUGGGAUCUACCUGCUGAAUUUGCUUAUCGGGUUUUUGUCUCCUCUGGUUGAUCCUGAACUUGAAGUCUCUGAUGGACCACUACUGCCAACGAAAGGUUCAGAUGAGUUCAAGCCGUUUAUUCGUAGGCUACCUGAGUUCAAGUUCUGGUACUCAAUGACAAAGGCUUUUUGCAUAGCGUUCGUUAUGACUUUCUUUUCCUUAUUUGACGUUCCUGUCUUUUGGCCUAUAUUACUUUGUUACUGGAUUGUUCUUUUUUCCCUUACAAUGAGACGCCAAAUCGCACACAUGAUCAAGUACAAGUAUCUCCCCUUUAACAUUGGGAAGAAGAAAUACAGUGGUAAGAAAGCUUCUGCAAGUAGCAGUGGUUUCCGUGGGGAUUAAAGCUUCUGCAAGUAGCAGUGGCUCCAGUGGGGAUUAAAGCUUCUGCAAGUAGCAGUGGCUCCCGUGGGGAUUAGAGCUUGCGUCGGGUGGUUUGCUGGGAAAGUAGCAGUGGAUUUUGUGGGAAGGAAAAAAAAUUAGCAUUAUUGGUGACAUAAAAUUGUUGUUUAUACAUGUUGGUGAAGAAUUGAUACAAAAGCUUUUUGAGAUUGAGCCUAUUUGCAAGUAAUUUUGUAUAACACAGUAUUGUUUCAUUCA